AUGGCAGACAAUCAACAUCAACCGGAUCCAUUCGCCGAAGGUCUCUGGGUACUUGAUGAUACUGGAAAAAAUCUCGGAUUCAUGCGCGAAGAAGAGCUCGACCGGAAUUUCACCGAGCUCGCCGAUAAUACGUUGGUUGAAGAGACAUCCCCAGAGGCCAUCACCAAAUACCUUUGCACCCUGACUGCCACUCAGACGAAGAUACACGAUGACCUGCGCGACUUAGGCUGGAACUACGCUGCCAUUCACAACUUUCUCACUAUUCUUGAAAACGCACAGCUGUACAAUUGUGCAAUGCUACGCAAAAAGGGAUACACAGAAUCUGAAAUUGACAGGCUCGACGCUCUUGGCAAUCAAAAUUUGAUGGAUUUCUCGCAUCUCAAACGUGGACUUGCCAGCUUAGCUGAUGAAAAGUAUCAAAUGCAACUGUACUUACUGGAGGAGGUGAAACGAAGACGUCUGAUUAUGCUUGGAGAAAAAUAG